AUGAGGACAGCGUUUCUCAAUUUGUUGACCAAAGGCCAGGCUGAGCUCUUAUACCUUUCCAUCGUAGCUGUCAUCAAGGCCAAAUUCGGAGGCUUGGUCGUCACGUGCAGCUUGUCGGCCUGA